AUGGAGUUUGCCAAAGAGUAUGGCAUUCAGAUGAUAAACUCAACUCAUGCUCAGGCAAAUGGGCAAGCAGAGUCAUCAAACAAGACAAUCAAAGCGACACUAAGUAAAGUAAUAGAGGACAACCCAAGGGAUUGGCAUGAGUUAUUAUCUGAGGUGUUGGUGGCUAAACAUUAUGACAUUCCUGUCGAUGAGUAUGUAGAGGCCAUGUUUAUGGAAUUGCAGAAUGUAGAGUACAUGAGGAUUGAUGCCUUUGAUUGUAUGAUGGCUCAGAAAAAGAAGGUCGAGAAAGUUUAUAAUAAGAAGGUUAAGUUGAAACUCUUUGGGGAAUGUGAUUUGGUGUGGAAACCAUCUUGCCAUUAG